GAGGCUCUUUUCCCAUCACCAUCAUCUCAACAAGCUCCUCUCUCGAAACCCUAACCCUAGAUUCCCUAAACCCCCGCCACCAUCGCUCAAUCAAUCCAUCUCCUCCUCCUCCUCCUCCUCCGCCGCCGCCAAAACUCAACAGAGGGGGCGAAAGCGGGGAGAGCUCCAGUCUUGUCUCAGCGAUGAGGAGGCUCUUUUCCCAUCACCAUCAUCUCAACAAGCUCCUCUCUCGAAACCCUAACCCUAGAUUCCCUAAACCCCCGCCACCAUCGCUCAAUCAAUCCAUCUCCUCCUCCUCCUCCUCCUCCGCCACCGCCGCCAACCUCCACCGCCCUCUCUCGCGCAUUCCGUCGAACACCUUCAGCUCAUGGCGCCGCGGCGUCUCUCCGUCGAGCUCUCUAGGGUUUCUCUCUUACCAGUUCCUCUCCAAGGCGAAGAAGCCUCUCGAUCUCGCCGGCUUCGUCGAGAGCGGGAUCCACUCGCUCAAGGUCUCUCUGCGGAGGAGGAGAGGGUUUGAUUUCGGCCGUCGAUUCUCCAUUCCCGGUCUAGGCUACUGGAGAUACUUGAAUCUGACACCGGAUGGAGUUGUCCUCGGCUUAAUUGGAGCCAAUGUUGCAGUUUUCUUCCUUUGGAGGAUCGGCAGUCCUAGAUUCAUGAGGAAUCACUUUAUGAUUUCGCUGGAUAAUUUCAAGAGCGGCCGACUGCAUACUCUGGUGACGUGCGCGUUUAGUCAUGUGGAGUUUGAUCACCUCCUAUCGAACAUGAUCGGUCUCUACUUCUUCGGAACAAAUAUUGGAAGGCUGUUCGGACCUGAAUACCUGCUGAAAUUAUAUCUUGCUGGAGCAUUGGGAGGAUCGAUAUUUUUCUUGUUGCACAAGUUUCUAAUUGCUCCAUCUUCAAAGGGUACGUUUGGAUGGGAUUCUUCUAGAGUACCUGGCCUGGGUGCAAGCGGUGCCGUGAAUGCAAUAAUUCUUCUAAAUGUAUUUCUUUUUCCUAAGGAUAUAUACUACAUAAACCUCAUCAUACCAGUACCUGCAAUGUUAAUGGGAGCAUUAAUUAUUGGAACUGAUCUAUGGAGGGUAAAAAAGGGUGAGGGAGAUAUCUCAGGAUCGGCUCAUUUGGGGGGUGCUCUGGUCGCUGCCUUGGCAUGGGCCAGAAUUAAGCAUUGGAUUUGAAUCUGCAGUUUUGUACAGUAACUCACAUCCUCUUCACUGGUUUUUGCUCAACAAGAAAAAUGACGGACAAGUGGGGGCGAAUUCACGAAUCUUGUAUUUUAUCGUGGUUUUCUUUUUAUGUUUUUAGUUAAUCCUGAUGUGGUCGAGUAACCUAAUGUUUAUGAGCUGGUAUAUAAGCAUCAUGGAUCCUGACAUUUCCUCCAUGUAUUAGCGAUUAACGACGUAAAAGAUGUUUUAGAUUUGAGUGGUAAGCUACGUUCAUGUGCUUCAAUUGAUUCUAAUGUGUUCCGAGUAACCUAGUAUGAGUUUGCGUAUAA